AAAUGGACAACACCGCUGAACACUCUCGAGGACUGUUGUACGCGCACACUUAAAUCAAUCAGUUAUACUGUUUAUGACGUUUACGUCGUUACGUAUGCGAAUCGCGCACCAAUAUGGGGGCAGUACAACGCAAACUGAUGCUGUUUGCGCAAGGAAGUGGUCAGCCGAGGGAAGCUUGCGAUCAAUCUAAAACGUAUUCGUGGGACGCCAAGCCAAAAGUGGACGCCUCAAACUACACCGUGGAAAAUGCGAUCGACACAACCGUCACGAAAUGCCCGGGAAACGUCAAUGGAGAACAGUUCGUCAUACGAAAUUGCCACAAUGCAAGCCUCUACAUACUGGACCACAUCAACUCAGUGACUAUUGAUGACUGCGUCAACUGCAACAUUGUCCUUGGCCCAACGCAAGGAAGCGUGUUCCUGCGAAACUGCAACAACGUGCGGCUUGCAUCCGCAUGCCAACAGCUCCGGGCGCGUGACUGCUCUGCCGUCGAUUCCUGGCUUUGCUGCUCCACUCAGCCAUCCAUAGAGUCCUGCUCCGAGAUGCGAUUCGGCUGUCUGACGAUGGCGUAUGAGCAGUUCCCAGAGCAGCUACAAAAGGCCCAACUCAGUCCAUUCAACAACCAUUGGAGCGAGGUGUACGACUUUACUCCAACACCGCCAGAGCCAAACUGGUCCCUGCUACCGCCAGAGGUGAUGCCACAGACCCUGGUGGAAUCCUGUCCAGUGCCGGUGAGCUUGGACUCCAAGACAAGCAAUGUGCCGCUCACACUUGGACCCAGCUGCAAACGCGACGUUCAGCAACAGCCAUUGUAA